UCAGAGCAGUGCACUUGCAGCAGCACUUCACAAGAGCAGCUUCCAGUGCACAGACAGGAUUUGGGGUAUCAGCAACCUGACUGCUUAGCAGCUGACUGAAUUCUUGGCGCAAAGAAUCGGUGGUGGCAGGAUUUGAGACAGACACACUGGUCAACAUGAGCACGGCAGGCAAAGUUAUUAAAUGCAAAGCAGCAGUAAUGUGGGAAGCCAAUAAACCAUUUUCUAUUGAGGAAGUGGAAGUUGCCCCACCAAAAGCGCACGAAGUUCGCAUAAAGAUCGUGGCCACAGGGAUCUGUCGCUCUGAUGACCAUGUGAUAACUGGUGCACUGGUUAUGCCUUUUCCAAUAAUUCUUGGGCAUGAAGCAGCUGGUAUUGUGGAGAGUGUUGGGCAGGGAGUAACUUCAAUCAAACCAGGAGAUAAGGUUAUUCCACUCUUUGUGCCGUCCUGUGGGGAGUGCAGUAGUUGCUUAAGUGCCAAGGGUAAUCUGUGCAUCAAAAAUGACAUUUCUUCGGCUGCUGGAUUAAUGCUUGAUGGCACAACUAGAUUCACCUGUAAAGGAAAAGCAAUUCACCAUUUUGUGGGUACCAGCACCUUCACUGAAUACACAGUAGUGCAUGAAGCUUCUGUAGCCAAAAUCGAUUCUGCUGCUCCUCUGGAAAAGGUUUUUCUAAUUGGCUGUGGAUUUUCAACUGGUUAUGGGGCUGCUGUGCAGACUGCCAAGGUGGAACCAGGCUCCAGCUGUGCCGUCUUUGGCCUUGGAGGAGUUGGCCUCUCUGUUAUCAUGGGCUGCAAGGUGGCUGGAGCUUCCCGCAUCAUUGCUGUUGAUAUCAAUAGUGACAAGUUUGCCAAGGCCAAAGAACUGGGAGCCACAGACUGCGUCAACCCUAGAGAUUUCAAGAAGCCUAUUCACGAGGUGUUGAUCGAAAUGACUGGCCAUGGUGUGGACUACGCCUUUGAGGUUGUCGGCCGUAUUGACACCAUGACCGCAGCCUUGGCCUGUUGCCAUUACAACUGUGGAGUCAGUGUGAUUGUGGGAGUGCCUCCUGCAGCACAGAAGAUCACUUUUGACCCCAUGCUCCUCUUCACUGGUCGCACCUGGAAAGGCUCUGUCUUUGGAGGCUGGAAGAGUAAAGAUUCAGUCCCUAAACUGGUUGCUGACUACAUGAAGAAAAAAUUUGUUCUGGAUCCAUUAAUAACUCACAGACUUCAUUUCACUAAAAUCAAUGAAGGAUUUGAUCUGCUAAGGACAGGGAAGAGUAUUCGCACUGUCCUGGUGUUUCAGGAUUCCUAAUUGUUAACAGCAGAUGGCUUAGCCCCAAUACAAACUUCAUUAUCCUCCAAUACAACUGGUAUGACGCACAAACCAAGAUGUUUCUGAAAGGUCCAUCACUUUCCCUUGGAACAAAAGGAUCAAGCUCAAACCCCAGACUUCAAGCACAGUGUUUAUAAAUGAAAUAAUCUUUUUCCUUCUG